GUGUGGGCAACGUCUUGUACCUCCAAACCUCAACCUACUCUUCUCUCUCUCUCUCUCUCUCUCUAAAACACUUCUAGAGAGAGAAACCCUUCAUUUUCCAUUUUCACUCAAACUCAUCGAUCGGUGAUCACCCAACUAUGCCGCAAUUCACCGUCUUAUCAAUUUAUGUAAUACUCAUAUUUCUAUCACAACUGUAUGUUUCUGCUGUUGAUGAUCAUCCGAACCACCCUGUUAUUCUCCGGCCACCACACUCCGGCAGCAACCGCCACACCAUGUUUCUACCUCUGUUCCCCUCUCCGCCUAACUCUUCUCGGAUCUCCUCCGGCGAUGCGAUUUCCCGGCGUCACCUCCACAAGUCUGAUGUUUCUCGUUCGAAUGCUCGCAUGGCUCUGCAUGAUGAUCUCCUCCUCAACGGGUACUACACCACUAGACUCUGGAUUGGAUCACCCCCUCAGAGGUUUGCACUUAUUGUUGACACAGGGAGUACUGUUACAUAUGUCCCAUGCUCCACCUGUCAACAUUGUGGCAAGCAUCAGGACCCAAAGUUUGAUCCCGACUCAUCCAGCACGUACAAGCCGGUUAAAUGCAACGUUGAUUGCUCCUGUGAUAAUAACAGAGAACAAUGCACCUACGAAAGGCAAUACGCCGAAAUGAGUUCCAGCAGUGGUGUUCUCGGUGAGGAUAUCGUAUCUUUCGGCAACCAAAGCGAUCUUCCACCUCAGCGUGCUGUUUUCGGGUGUGAAAAUAGGGAAACCGGUGAUCUGUACAGUCAGCACGCUGACGGAAUUAUGGGUUUGGGUCGCGGUGAUUUGAGUAUAGUUGAUCAACUUGUUGACGGAGGCGUUAUAAGUAAUUCGUUUUCCUUGUGCUACGGUGGGAUGGACGUCGGUGGCGGUGCCAUGGUUCUCGGUGGAAUUUCUCCGCCUUCGGAUAUCGUGUAUUCUCGUUCGGACCCUAGACGCAGCCCAUAUUACAAUGUCAAGUUGAAGGAGUUGCAUGUUGCGGGAAAGCGGUUGCCGUUACGCUCAAGUGUCUUUGAUGGAAAGCAUGGAACGAUUUUAGACAGUGGUACAACUUACGCCUAUCUACCUGAAGCAGCUUUCGUGGCGUUUAAACUUGCCAUAAUGAAAGAACUUCACGGUGUUCAUCAGAUUAAAGGUCCCGAUCCAAGUUAUAACGACAUUUGCUUCGCAGGUGCCGGAAGUGAUGUUUCACAACUCUCGAAAACCUUCCCGUCUGUUGAAAUGGUUUUCGGGAAGGGACAAAAGUUGUUACUCGCCCCGGAGAACUACUUGUUCAGGCAUUCAAAGGUUAGUGGAGCGUAUUGUCUUGGGGUUUUUCAGAACGGAAAGGAUCCGACCACUCUUUUAGGAGGCAUCAUUGUCCGUAACACAUUUGUUACGUACGACCGUGAACACGAAAAGAUUGGAUUUUGGAAAACCAACUGUUCGGAAAUAUGGGAAACACUUCACGUUUCUGGCGGGCCCCCUCAAUCAUCUUCUCCACCAGAUAAAUCAAAUCCCACUGCUGACGUCUCCCCUUCUUCGCCUCCAACGACAUCCCCACAAUAUAUUCCUCCAGGAGAAACAGAAGUUGGUAGUAUUACAUUUUAUAUGUCGGUCUCACUUAACGACACCGAUGUGAAGUCCGAAAUCACAGAGCUUGCUCCGCUAAUUGCUCAGGAGUUGCAUGUUAACAGUUCACAGGUUCACUUACUGAAUUCUACGUCCGAAGGAAAUGAUUAUGUUACAGAAUGGUCCGUUACUCCACCAGAAUCUGCCGACUUCAUGUCUAAUGCAACCGCGUCGAACAUUAUUUCUAGGAUAGCUGAAGGUGGUGUACACCUUCCGAAGUUAUACGGAAAAUACCGAUUAUACAAUUGGGAUAUUUACCCCCCAGCAAAAAGAAGCUGGAGGCAUAAAUAUUACGUGGUUGGAUUGGCGGUGUCGAUGUUAGCGUUAGUAGUUGGAUUAUCGAGUAUGGGAACAUGGUGGUUUUGGAGACACAAGCAACACUCGAAUUUGCAGUAUAAACCGGUGGACUCAAUGGUUGUGCCGGAGCAAGAACUUCAGCCACUGUGAUUUCCGGUUAAUACUGCACACCGACAUCGUAUUUUUAGUUUAGGCGAAAAACAUUAUAGGGGUCUUUUGUGCUUUGUUUAUACAGGGGAAAGUUUACAUGUUACAGUAGGAGUUUGAUCGGUCAAAACGAUUGGUCAAACGUCGGUCAUCAUGUCGAAAUUCUACUUUCUUUUUGUUUAUGGUAACAAAGUUCUGUAUUGAUUGAUGAUGUGUUUGUUCAUUGUU